AUGGCCAACGCCGCGCUUCAUCAGACGGGCGUGGUCAUGGACGCGUCGAACCAUGCUACAGCCGCCACUGACGACGCAGUCUUGCAACACGACAGACAUGGCGAUAGCUGUCCGACGUCCUCGUCGUCAUUGCCCUCUUCACCGCCAGAGCCCGCGUCUGAUGCCGUGGCCAAGAAACCUUCGGCCGCGGGCGCUGCGUUGCUCAUGCUUCCUCUGUGCCUGUCGGUGCUCCUGACGGCUCUCGACAUCACGAUUGUGACGCCGGCCAUUCCCACCAUUGUGGGCGCCUUCCGCUCCGUCACCGGAUACAUAUGGAUUGGGAGCGCUUUUAUCCUCGCAAGCACCGCCACGACACCAUUAUGGGGCACCAUCGCCGACAUUUGGGGUCGCAAGCCCAUCAUGCUCAUCGCCAUUGUCAUCUUCCUGUGUGGGAGUCUUCUGUGCGCCUUGUCACCGACCAUGGACGCCUUGAUCGCCGGACGCGUGGUUCAAGGCAUCGGCGCCGCCGGCAUGGGCACAAUGGUCAAUGUCAUCAUCUGUGACACCUUUUCCGUCCGGGAUCGUGGUCUGUAUCUAGGCAUCACGUCGCUUGUCUGGGCAUUGGGGAGUGCCGUUGGCCCCAUUCUUGGGGGUCUCCUGACUACAAAGGCAGAAUGCUGCCUAGUGCCCAUUGGAGGCGUCGUCUUUGGCAUUCUCAUCGUCUUCCUCAACGUGUCCAACCCGGGUACCCCCCUUAUGGCCGGGCUCAAGAAGAUCGAUUGGAUAGGCGGCGCCCUCAUCAUCGGCUCCGUCCUGAUGGUGCUUCUAGCACUCGACCUUGGUGAUGUCGUCUAUCCCUGGUCCUCGGCCACCAUUAUCUGCCUGCUGGUGUUUGGCGUCGUCGUCUUGGCCUUGUUCCUUGUCAAUGAGUACAAAUUUGCCAAGGAGCCCGUCAUUCCACUUCACAUCUUCUCCAACAAAUCUUCCUCGGCAGCCUUUGGGGUAUACAGUUGCAACUUUUACGUCUUCAUCGGACUGGCCUACUACUUGCCUCUGUACUCGCAAUCCGUUCUUGGCGCCAGCCCUCUCGAUUCGGGCAUCUAUCUUCUUCCACUCAUUGUGGCAAGUUCGCUGUCUGCUGCUUUUGCUGGGAUUUUCAUCCAGAAAACAGGCAAGUAUCUCCGCAUCAUGUACGCGGGCCAGGUUUUGAAUUUGCUCGGCAUGGGCCUCUUUAUCUACUUGCCGUUUGAGAAAGACUUGGCCAAGCUCUUCAUCUUUCAGAUCCUGGUCGGCCUCGGUGUCGGCAUGAACAUUGAGCCGCCUCUUUUAGCUGUACAGGCCGUCAACGCAGAGCGCGACACUGCAGCCGUCGUCGCCACCAUGAGCUUUGUGCGCUCCAUCGCCAAUGCCAUCUCCAUUGUUGUCGGUGGCGUGAUUUUCCAGAAUGAAAUGACAGCCGCCAACCCGAGGCUUGUCCAGGAGCUAGGCGCCAGUGUAGCCCAAGACUUUAAUGGCGACCAAGCUUCAGCCAAGGUGGAUGCCAUCUGGGCUCUGCCCAAGGAGCAGCAACUUGUUGUGCGAGAGACAUUCUUCUACUCUCUACGAGAUGUGUGGAUCAUGUACGUGGCGUUUGCAGGUCUAUCGCUUGUGCUUAAUUUCUUUGUGGGCUCUCAUCACCUAAGCACCGAUAAUCAAGAGGCUGUACUUGGUGUAGAUCGUGAAAAGAAAUAA